UCGGGAACAUCCUGCCUAUGGGAUCCGAGCCGCCAGCCGAGCCCCGCUUUGCCCCCUCGCUUUAAAUCCGGCUGGCGAUGGCCGGCACCGAAAGCGGGAGAGACUGGCGGUGCGGCGUGGCAGCAACUCCCCAAAGUUCUCGCUUUCUGUAACUCGCCGCUUUCGGACUCGGGGCUGCCGGGCAGAGACGAAGGUGGGAGUUUAACGAGCCCCGUUUGCGAAAAUGCCUGCCGCUUGCUGGUCUUUGAAUUUGAUAGUUGGCCUUCCAGAGCUGAGGAAUACUUAACAGCAAGAGAAGUCAAGGAGGAAAAUGCAAGUUUCACAAUUCAAACGAUGCUAAAAAACAUGUUCUCCUUUCACCUUAUGGAAACAGGACUGUGGAGCAAGCUGCAGGUGCUUUUUGGUUGGGUUAUUGACAAGAUGUGUCACAAAGUAAUAUGACUUUUAAAGUCUUCUGACUGUUUAAAGCCAGCAAGGAGCAGCAAAAUUAAAGCAAGAAAUUAAUUUAAGGAAUUUGAGGACUUUCAAAGAAGAAAGCUGUUUUCCGAGAAGAGUAAAACAGGACGAUGGCAUCUGGAGAGUGCCUUCUGCUAGACCUAGAAACAGAUAACUUCAUUUUCUAUAAUGUCUCUGUCAACCAGAGUGCAAACUUUUCACUCCUGGGGGAAGACUGGUUUUACCCAGCGUUCCUCUACGCCAUCCCCACUAUCUAUGGGAUCAUCAUUCUGAUAGGCCUUAUUGGCAAUAUCACUUUGAUUAAGAUAUUCUGUACUGUGAAAUCCAUGAGAAAUGUCCCUAAUUUGUUCAUUUCCAGUUUGGCUCUGGGAGACCUGCUGCUUUUAGUGACCUGUGUGCCUGUGGAUGCCAGCAGGUACCUUGCUGAUGAGUGGCUGUUUGGCAGAACUGGAUGCAAACUUAUCCCCUUCAUACAGCUCACCUCUGUAGGGGUGUCUGUCUUUACUCUCACUGCUCUCUCAGCUGACAGGUAUAAAGCUAUAGUAAGGCCAAUGGAGAUCCAAGCAUCACAUGCACUGAUGAAGAUUUGUGUGAGAGCUGCUAUAAUCUGGAUUGUAUCCAUGUUGCUUGCCAUCCCUGAAGCAGUAUUUUCAGAUCUGCACCCUUUCCAUGACAAAGGGACUAAUAAAACCUUUAUCAGCUGUGCUCCUUACCCUCAUUCAGAUGGGCUGCAUCCCAAAAUCCAUUCAAUGGCAUCAUUUCUCAUAUUUUAUAUUAUUCCCCUGUCUGUAAUUUCAGUGUAUUAUUAUUUUAUUGCUAAGAACUUGAUCCGGAGUGCUUACAACAUCCCCGUGGAAGGAAAUGUGCAUGUGAGGAAACAGAUUGAGUCCCGGAAGCGCCUGGCCAGGACCGUGCUGGUGUUCGUGUGCCUCUUCGCCUUCUGCUGGCUGCCCACUCACAUCAUCUACUUGUACCGGUCCUACCACUACUCCGAGGUGGACACCUCAGUGCUGCAUUUCAUCGCCAGCAUCUGUGCUCGGAUCCUGGCCUUCACUAACUCUUGUGUCAACCCCUUUGCUCUCUACUUGCUCAGCAAGAGCUUUCGGAAGCAGUUCAACAACCAGCUGCUGUGCUGCAGAGCUCGCCUGCUCAUCCGCUCCCACAGCAUGGCCAGGAGCACCACACGAAUGACCUCCCUCAAGAGCACCAACCACUCCCUGGCCACCUUCAGCCUGAUCAAUGGCAACCACAUCUGCCACGAACGCUGUGUCUAAAGGGCGCAGUCAGGGACAUCAGUUGCUGAGCGUGGCUGCAGGACUUUGCUCCAUGGGCAUGGUGAGCGGCGCACACACGCAUGCACACGUUCAUGCGAGGAGGUGUGGUGUGUUCAGAGAGCUCAGAGGAGCUUGAAGCAUCCAACAUUUCAUCUUGGGCUGAGGCUGAAGCAUCCAGCAUUUCACCCUGGACUGAGUCAUUGCCAGACCACCAGAUCAUUGAGCACCAGCCCACAGGAUCUCCCUGGGAAGUGCUGCUGUGCUUUCAAUGUGAGCAAAACGAGCUUCUUAAGAUCAAAUCUUUUUUGGCUCUGCAGAAUCUUCAUCACUUCCUGCUCAAUCCCAAACUUAUGCAGACUUGCAGCAGUGAUAAAGACCAUAUCAGGUGCACACAAUUUGUCAGAACAGUUGCAUCCAUCCCUUCAUGGUGUAAUGUAUUUUGACAUAAAAAUAAAUCAAUUUAAAUAAGGUAAAUACUUUUACAAAGGAGUUCAACGUGGGUCAUUUACAGACUUUUCAAAUAUUUAUUAAUGUCCUGAGUACAGUAUUAAUUCAUGGUCUAAAAGAUAUCAAGGGUUUACUGGGGCAUGUCUGUGGCCCCUUCUGAAAUGAGCAGUAUCUUGCACCAUAUCAAUGUGAAAGCAGUAACGUGAAUAAAUGUGAGCUGGAAUAUGUUUACAGCUUUCAACUGUGUGAGCUUUUGCCUUGUUGUGGAAGAGACAGCAGGGCAAUUUCCAGGCAUUUCUGUUUUGUUCUUCCUGUCUUCAAAGUUGUGAGAUAGUGAAAGUUGCAUCACCUAAGUGGUACCACAAAAUUUGGGUCUGGUUUAACUAAGAGCAGGCAAUAGCAGAAACUGAUGUACAGCUAUUUUUCAGGUAGCAGUGCUUUGUAAAACACUAGUUUUUCAGCAAAAGCUAUCAGCAAUGCAAGGUGUGAUCUCCAGCCUACAUUUUUUCCUACUGUCUUCACAGAAGUCUGUGGAGACAGAGAGCCAAAACUGGCUGACAGAUUGGAGAAACAGGUCUACUGUAAAGUUUGCCCCAGAACAAUACCUGUGCCAGAUACCAUCUAUUCUGGAGCAGGAGUACAGUGUCCUGCAGAUAACAAACUCCUGAAGCACCCGGGCUAUAAGACACACAAUGAAGCACACCCGAUAAAUAAAACUGCCAAAUGACGCCAUAAACCAAUCACUGUAGCAAAAUAUUGGGUUUUUAAUGGUCCUUAUCCUCUUUGAUGACGAUCCUUUUCAUUACCACACCAAAAGAUAAAUUAAAGCUGGUAAAACUUUACCUGGGUUUGCUCUGCAUUUGUAGAAAAAGUCAUGUGUGCAGUGUAAAAGCUCUCAGCCCUCCAUCUGCAGCUGCUUUGGGAUGCUGGUGGCAUCUGCUGUCUCCAAGGACACAAACAGGCUCUGAUGCCAAAAGUAGAGGUCUGAAAACUUUGUCUCAUUUUCCCUUUUGUGCUUCGGAUGAGGAUAGACAUGCAGGUACGUGAGCUCAGGAUGGGGCCACAGCACUGUGCUGCUGAGGAGUGCAUACAUUAUGUGUGCAUACACUGCCCUGUUCCCCCAGCAGCCCUGGGCACUGCCACAUGGGUGUCACCCCCUCCUGCAGUCAUAAGUGCCCCCCACAUCACAGUCAGGCUGAAAACGAAUGGGAUAGGGAUAUUUUACAGAUCAGUCAAAUCCCUUGACGGCUGACUGUGUCACUGUGAUGUUAAUUUAAAUUUACUGAGCUAUCUUGAGGUCCUCCCUUACUAAAAUUUUCAGUGCUUUCCCUAAUCUUUAUUAUGAAGCUACAUAGAGUACCAGAAGUUCAGUCUGCAACAAUUUCAGAGAGUUUGGUUGAGUUCCAAGCUGUUUAUGACAUUUCAAAAUGAGAAAAAUUUAUCCAGCCUAAGGCAUUUUUAUUAAAUAUUUUCUUUAGCCCUGUAAGAAUUUAAUCAAAGGCAAGCAGGAAUCACAUACUUCAACAGCAAACACACCAGGUGUGCUAUACAAUGUGUCCUCCUGUUUGGUAACAAGAGAUUACUGUUGUUCUACAAGAGACUUCAAAAGUUUCUGAAUUUUUGUUUCUGAGAGAAGGGACUAAAAUCAUAAAUCAUGAAUCACAAAAAUGAGAAAAUCAUAAAUACGGGGAAAAGAGCACUGUUAUAACUCCCUUAGGGCUAUGCUGAAUCACGUACCCUGCCUCCCUGAGAAAGGCAUUGUUUUGAACACAGGAGAGCUAUGAAGAUUUAGCACUGUAGAUUUAAAUAUGUGCUAUUGAUUAUAUACUUUCCUUCAAACCAGAGCUAGUGACUCCUCCAGGAACAGGAAACAGUUAUGGCUCUGGUCUGAAAAGUGCUUUCCAGAGAUGCAGCUGCAGGUUGUCCACAGUGUCACAGCCUCACUCCUUAAGUUGCUCAGUACUAUUUAGUGAUGGACUUGGCACUGCUGGUUGAACUCAAUGACCUUAGAGGUCUUUCCAACCUUAAUGAUUCUGUGAUUCUAUGAUUCCUUUUAACUUUGGUUUUGCAUCUGAUAGGCUUAAAUUUAGGGGGAGCUCCAUGUAAAAUGCAAUCUUUUCAUCAGAAUCUAAGAUACAUACAAGUUAUUUUAAUAUUUAGAAAAUUAGAUCAAGUCUUUUCAAAUAAGAUGUAAGUUUUCAUUAACAUUCUUCAUUGUAAUCAGAUCCUUGGCUCCCUGUUCAAUAUCUUUAAGAAAAUUUGAUGGGUCUGUGGAAAAAAAUUGAAAAACAUUCCUUGCGAAAAGUAUUUUGAAACAUAUUUCACAAGCUUGCAUUUAAUACCAUAAUACCAUUGAAAAAGCAAACCUGAGGUUGCACUUGUUUCUAUUUCAUCCUCAUAUUAAAUAUAUCAAUGCAGCAGUUGAGAUCAGGGAAGGAAGGAAAAACUGAAAUAUUUGUAGCUGCAAUUUUUCAUGUGUGUUUCUCACUCCUUGUCUCAUUACCUUGGUUUCAAAAACACGAUGUACUUUACACUCUUGCAGCAGCCUGAUCCCUUAUCUAGGGCUCUCUCGGUGUUUGCUGGCACAGCUGCAGUGCUGAUUCUUUGAACCUGGAGCGUUGUCUGCAGCGUUUCGUUUGUUUGGUAAAUUUUCAAAGUACCAAAAAUAAAACCCGUGCCCAAGCAUAACCCAAGAAAUCCUGUGCUCAAGAUAAAAUCCUGGCAGGCAACUCCAGCACUGUGCCCUCAGGUACUGCCCAGUCCUGGGAGGCUUUGCAGUCCCUGGCUGUGACCCUGGGGUGGCUGUCCACCCUCCUUUCAGCUCUCUCCAUCAGCACUGGAAGCAUUGCAGUAGUGACUCAGACCAUGUUUUUUAAGGAAUGCUAUGUUUCAAUGCCCCUGAAAUGCCUGGCUCCUGGGAGACUGAGGAGUUUCCCACACUGGGUCCACGUGGAAAAGUUGUCAGGUGAAAUUCCCUUUGAACCAGGCAGCCCUUGGGUUCAGUCUGCCCUGUCCCGUGUGGCACAUGGCAGUUGUGUCAUUAUCUGCAGGGUGGGCGUGUGGGUCAGGACGUGUGUGUGACACCGUAGGGCACUACUGCUGUUCCCCCAGCACAGCUCUGCUCUCCUCCUGGGUCACAGGUGCUACCAGGAAGAGAGUCACUAAAAAAAUACGUGGCUGCCAUUUCCUGAAUUAGUGUGAAAUGCAAAACUAACAUUAAACAGGUACAGAUCCAGUGUCUGAAGAGGGACUACACUGAAGCUGGACAGGUACUCUUCAUCAGGAACUGUAGUGAGAGGACAGGGAGCAAUGGGUUCAGACUGAAAGAGGGGAAAUUUAGGUUUAGACAUACAGAAGAAAAUAUUUACUAUGAGAGUAGUGAGGAAGAGGAUGUCCAGAGAAGUUUGAUACCCUAUUCCUGGAAGUGUUCAAGGCCAGGCUGGAUGGGGCUCCGAGCACCCUGGUCUCGUGGAAGGUGUCCAGGUCCUGGAGACAGGGGUUGGAACUAGAUGGUCUUUAUGGUUCCUUCCAAACAAAACCAUUUUUUGGUUCUAUAUGAGUUAUGUUCAUGCUUAUAUUGAGUUAUGUCCAUGCUUGCUCAAGAGAAAUUAAAUAGGAUAACACAGUUUUCUUCAUUAGGAAUUAAUUUUUCUUCUGAAAUUCCUGAAUUCCCUUCCUGAACCUGGUGGGAGAUGAAGAUGGCAAGUAAAUCAGAGCUUUCAGCUGUUCUUGCUCUAGUUUAGGAUUAUUCUGUGCAAUUUGGUUCUAAAACUAUUUAUUCUAGGUUUGAAAAAUCAUCACAAAGGACCAAAAAGUAUAGAAACUUGCUAAUACUGACACCAGAUAAACAAUUCAGAUUCCUCACCUCUGUUUACAAGCAACAUUUUUCUUUCAGUAUCUCCAAAUAUUGCCUUUUAGAAUAUGUUUAAAUAUGAAAACUCAAAGGUGUAUGAUUCUGCUGCAUGACAACAAUAGGUGCAAACAAGCAAAAAUAUCAGAUGGUGGAAAGGAAGAUUUUUACUUUUAAAGGCAAAUAUUUAUUUAUGAAAAUAUUUGUUGAACUCAAAGAGUUAUUUUUUUUAAUCCACCAAAUUCUACAAAAGGUAAUGAGUUUUUCUUUGUUUUAAAUAAUGAACAAGAAUUCAAAGCAUCUCUAUUCACCUAAUAAGAAAACAGGAAACCUGUUACUGAUAUGUGUAAUCCUGAUUCUCCCAAUUAGCUUGAUUUAUUUGGAAUGAAUGUUGCAGUUAAAACCCAGAAAGAUUAUACUUUUAUGCAUGAUUUGGCAGAAAUAAUAUACCUUCUUCCUCAUUUUUCUGACAAAAUACAUUUUUUUACAGCAGAAAACCAGUGUGUAUUCAGUUGGGGGAAAAAUCCCUCUCUUUCAGCCUUCUUUAAAGGCAAGAAGUUCAGUGCUGCUUAUCUGAGCAGUGAGCACUCCCCUGAAUGCUAAAUGCUCAUUGUUAGUGCUGGGCCAUGAUAACAGGGUAGUUUAUCCUCUCCAUCCUAGGAAACCACAGCAGGUGAUGGGCCUCUAUCAUUCACCAUAAAUCAUUAGAGAUUACUGAUAUUGCCCUUUCCAAGACGAAGAUGGCAGCAGCUCAAAGAUGCAAGGAAAUAUUUAGAUGGCAUUGUUCAAACCUGAGAGUUUUCUACACAUUACUGAAAUAUUUGUGCUACCCUCACUUAAUUUGUUUUUUAAUAUUUUUUAUGACAACAUCUUUAUAUAUGAUGCCAUCUUUUAACCCUGAAAAUCACGGAUGGAAGACAGCUGAUUUUAGCUGACUUGGGUCUUCUGUAAAUUGGUAUUUAUUUAGCAACAGACAAGUUGUUGUUAAGCUAUAACAGGUAUUUUAGCAUGGGUAGCUAAAAUAGACAUCACUCCCAGGUGAGUUCAGCCAGCCUGCAGGGGGGGUCAAGCUGCUGCUCCUGCAGCCCUCUCUGGCACAGGGUGUUUCUUGCAGGGAUCUCACAUGCACCUCUGCAGCCAGACCCUCCCCAGAGCCAGCAGCCCCGGGCCAGCCUGGUCCUCACACGCUCCUUCUGGUCAGACCACCUUGCCCUAAACCUCUCUCUCCUCCCAGAAGGGCUGCAGGGUUCCACCCCUGCCACCACAGCCUCCUCCUGCCCUGCUGAAAGAGGAACUCCACAUCUCUAAAUCGUGCUUCAGGCACCCCAGGUGCUGUUACUUGGGCACAGGCUCCAGAUCUCCUAUAAUUAUUUCUCCACUGUAGUAGCUUCCCUAGGAAGCCUGAAGUUUACUUGAACAGGCCACCUGGAAAGGCUCAGUACCUUGAAAUUGGUGGAGGUUCAUGAGGAUUCACACUUAACCCAUGAGUCCUCACACAGGCAGGGCAGCUGUGCAGGUCAUGCCACAAAAGGGAUGAAAGAGUUCUCUUUGGAAGAGUCCCCCCCCUUGGAAAGUCCCUCACUGCUGGCCAGCUGGAUUGAUAUUAUGUCUUUAUUACUUCAUAAUAAUUGAGCACAGCAAUUGUAAAAUCUUUAAAGAAUAGAGAGUGAAUAACAUUCUGCUUAAUGCUAAGACUAUCAAUGGAGACUACGUCUCAUUUUAUAUUAAAAUCACAUCUAAAAGUAAUUUUAUAAGUGCCUAAUUGCUUGUUUAUGGAAAUAGCUACUUCAAAUGAUUUCUGUGAUUAGCUUGACUGUUUCACUGUAAGUGGAUAUGAAUUAAAGAGAAUCAAUCCUAGAAUUCUUUUGAAAUAAAAGAUUGAAUUUGUCUUAAUGUAAAUUAAUUACACUUACUGGCAAAAUGCCUGCCUUAUGCUGAACAUCUCUUUGUAAAUGCUACUCUGUGUUUUCCAGGCAAGUCAGGUCCACCCAGUGUGUUGCUUUGAAGUGAAUGGAUCUGUGUCAGCACUUCCAGCUGCAGUCAGACAGUGUAUUAUCCACACCAACAUCCCUCUGCAUGCAGCUGGGUUUUAGUGGGGCUGGAUUUGACAUCAGGCUCUGCACUGUGGCAGAGGAGGAAGACUAUAACACCUGCCCAUUGAGCAAGUUUUCUUGUACAAAGCGUUUCAAAGGGUUAAAGGAUCACCAAUCCAUGGGGAUGGACAGGCACAUACAGUGCACAUGGUUCCCUCUGUUUUGGACACUUCCCUUUGCGUGAGACCCAGGCCCCAUUUCCCAUCUCCCAGACCAACUCUAGCAUGUGUUGAAUGCCUCACUUCUAACUGGCUGAUGUCUGCCCGGCUAAGUCCCAGCACACUGAUCUGAGUCUCUCUGCCCAGGGCCCAGGGCCCCUCUCUGUCCAGCCCUGUCUCCCUGCUGGCCAGCAGAAGGAUGUACCUGAUUCCUCAUUAUUCUGUUCUUACCAGCUGCUGCCCUGUCACCACCAUCUCAUGUCACCUUAGGCUGGCUCUUAGGUUUAACAAGGAGAAGGGGUCUUUUACUCCCCAUAAGUCACCUUAAUGAGGCAUAUAGGAGACCUCUUCAGAUGGUGGUUCAGGUCUUUGCUCAUUUGUCCCUCUGGGGUUGUCAAAUUCCUUACUGGCAUGAUAAGGUGAAUUGGCUGUUAAAACACUCCCAAGGGCCACAGGGACCCUGUGGGACCACUUUAGGCAACUUGCUCAAGCUCUUUUAGACCAGAAGUCUAACUUACAGCCUGUCUCCCCUGUGCCAUGUGGUUAGUCAUGUAGCAAACUGAAUAGGGAGGAAUAGUCAGAAUAAAAAUGUCUUAUUGCCAUAGAUACAUUCAGAAGAAGGUAAUAGCAAAUCCAGAAAGUUCUCAAGCCAAUCUCAUGCCUACAGUACUUACACUUGUGCUAUGCCAGAGGCUGAAGGUAAAGAGCAAGAGAAAUGGUCCUUGAUCUGAUACACACUCAUAUGUGCUAUGAAAGGGACAAUCUGUAGGAAAAAAACAUAAUUUAUUGAUGACCAAAAGGAAACUUGGGAAAAGUGGGUGUGUUUUUCCCUGUAAGUGCAGUGUGGCAUUUCACAGAAGAGGCAAGCUGCACGAUAUCAUCUGAGUGACAGAGUAUAGGUUGAAAAACACUCUUAAUUUUAUGCCCUCUCUCAGCAGUUAGCAGUCUCCAGGCAGAACUCACCUCUGUCCAAGAAGUGGAGCCCUUUGAGGGAGUGGUGAGCACUAAACUCCAAGAGGGCAUUUCAAGUUUAGUUGUUUGUUCCUGGAGGAAAAAUCAUCGAGCAUUUCUAAUCAUUCUGAAUGUGCAUUCAGGACCAGUUGCUGGCAAUCUAGAACAAGCCAGGAAUCGAUUCAGGAAGGGUGGCAAACCAUUACCAUGAUAUGCACUUGAAAAUAUCUUAAAGAGACCACACAGUAUUUGCUUUUAAUAAAAAUUAGAACAGCAGGAUGAGAAGCCACAGCUUUAUUAGCAGUGCACUCUGAGGACAGCAGAAGACACAGCCCACUUCAUUUCUGUUUCCAAGUGCAUGGAUGCAAAAGCUUAGUUACAAACUACAGAACUGUGCAUAUUUCAUAAAAUGUGCAUAAAUUUGAUAUCUCCUAUGAAUAUUAUUUAUUGCUUUGUAAAGUAAUGUAUGUAUGCAUUCAGCCAUGUGUAUAGAAUGUAAAUAUCUUGUAUUGUUGUGCAUAGAGACGGUGCAGUUUAUUUCAUCUGAAAUAUACUUCACUUUCCUUUUCCAGAGGCUGUAUAAUCUGCUAUGAAAAACAGUGAAAAAUAAUUUCCCUAUUAAAAGAAAAUUUGCAUUAAUGACAGUAUCUCAGCUCUCUUGAAAUAUUAUUUAGAAGGAAAAUUUAGAAGAAAAAAGGUCAGAAAGUGAAAACGUGCUGCAAUUUGGGCUUUUUUUCUGUGACUUUGAUGUAUUUUCUAAUUUCAUGCACUAUGCUUUUAAAAUUGCUCAUGAAUGGCCUCUACAUAAAUGGACUCAGUUGCAGACUGUCAAAUGUGAGUAUUGAAUUUCACAAAACUUACAGCUAAUAAAGCAUGACAGACAAAAUA